UUCUUAAAUCAAGUGGCGGUUCAAUCUAGAGUUUGAUUCAUUUCACAUCACAAUCAAGUAGCGGUUCGACUGAUUCGGUCACAUGUUUUCAUUAUAUUUUAAUGGGAAUAGAAAACGCACCCCGGUUGUCUUGAGACAGUCCCCAAAACAUGCAUCUUAAGAAAGCUUGAACAGCGAACAGAAAGCGUCUAGUGACUGGCGCAGAACAGGUGGCAAUAUAUAAAAAAGUUGUGAAAAAAUUAUAAAGAGAGUAAAAAAGAAUCUCAGAUAUGGCUAAGCAGAGAGUGAAAUAUUCCAAACUGGAAUCUGUUGGCUCUGGCAAUGUGGAUGAUGACCUGGAGACAGUAUCGUUGAUGCAUGGUGUGUCUAGUGAUGAAGAUGAUGUUGAGUUAUAUAAGCUUGCUAAUGGUGUCCGACCACCUACAUUCACAGCUGAGGAAGGUGUGGAAGCUAUUGGUUUUGGUCUCUUCCAGGUGCGCCUGUACAUCAUCUGUGGCCUCUUCACGGCUGCAGAUUCUCUAGAGAUGAUGUUGCUAGCAGUCCUGUCUCCAGUGUUACGCUGUGAAUGGCAACUGGAACAGUUUCAUGUGGCAUUCAUCACUACAGUUGUGUUUAUUGGUAUGUGCAUCAUGGCGCCAGUAUGGGGGUUUAUGGGAGAUAAAUAUGGCAGACAAAAGACACUGUACAUGGUAGCAUUAUGGAUAGGAUACUUUGGACUUCUGACCUCCUUCAGUCCAUCCUACACAUGGGUUCUGAUUUUACGUGGCUUAGUUGGUGGUGGAAUGGCAGGCUCUCCACAGUCGUUUACAUUGCUUACAGAAUAUAUACCUUCCAAAUACAGAGCCAAACUCCUUAAUGUUGGUGCAAUAAGUUGGGCAUGUGGUACGAUGUUUGAAAUUGUGUUAGCAUCCAUUGUGUUACCUAGUCUAGGCUGGAGAUGGUUGUUGGUACUGUCAGCAAUACCUUCAUUCCUGAUUGUCAUCUUGUUAAAGUUUUUACCGGAGUCUGCACGCUAUCUUGUGGCUGCUGGUAGGAAGGAUGAAGCUAUGAAAGUUUUACAGAAAGCUGCAAAAAUGAACAGAAACAGUCUACCAGAGGGAACGGUUGUCAAUACACACAUUACAGAGAGGGGUAACCCACGAGAUCUGUUCUCACCGAUGUAUCUACGUACAACACUGAUGGUUUGGAUAUUAUGGUUUGGAACUGCCCUGUCUUACUAUGGAAUGGUCCUAGCCAGUGCAGAAAUACUACAGCUUAGGAAUGUAGAACAUUCAGGUGAAAAAUGCAAGUGCAAUUUACUAAAGAAGGAUGAUUAUACAAGUAUGAUAGUUUCUACACUAGGGGAGUUUAUAGCUCUACCACUCAACAUAUUUCUCAUAGAUCUGGUUGGUCGUAGAUGGACGGGAGCAGUUAAUUUAUUUGGUUGUGGUCUAUUUUUUAUACUACUACAACUACCAGUGCCCCAGACAGUGCUGACAGUGUUUAUAUUCAUGGUUCGUGGAUUCUCCUCGGGGAUGUUCAACUUUGUGUAUAUCUAUACUUCUGAGGUGUAUCCAACCACUAUUAGAACAUUAGGAAUAGGAACAGCGUCAUCAUGGGCGCGGGUUGGUGCUAUGAUAACUCCUUUUCUUGCUCAGGUGUUACUGGAUGCCUCACUGACGGCAGCAGUAUGGGUGUAUGGAGGUAUUGGAAUUACCUGUGCUAUAUGCGCAAUAUGUUUACCGAUAGAGACAAAAGGGAGAGAAUUACCUCAAACUAUAUCAUUAGAAGAUGACUGAUGAUGAACUACCCAGCAUUUAGCAGAUUGGAAAAUACGGACCUAAUUGGAUAAGUCACUGCUAGUCUUGAUAAGUCUUUCAACAGCAGUCAUUCAUUUAUUGGUGGACCUAUUAGAUAUCUGGAUUAAUGAAUCAGGUACCAAAGAACUAUGAGCUAAUCAGCUGUCAGCAUUUAUUUGCAGAUUUAUUAAAUAUCAGGAAUUAUGAAUCAGAGCCAAUUAGCUGUCAACUGUUAUGAACUAUUAGCCAGUCAGCUGUCAGCAUUUAUUAGUGGACCUAUUAGAUAUCAGGAUUAAUGAAUCAAGAGCCAGUUGGAUGUCAACAGUUAUGGACUAUGAGCCAUUAGAUGUCAGCAUUUAUAAGUGGAUGAACUAUGAGCCAAUCAGAUGUCAGCAUUUAUAAGUGGACCUAUUAGAUAUCAGAAUUUAUGAAUCAGGAGCUAAGGCCAUACCAAAUUGAUAUGUCGUUCGUCGGAACUACCGCAUCAAUAAUUCCAUUCCCGAGAAAAAAAAAUAAAAAUUAUCCGCCCGCACGUACAUAAAAAUCUCCGAAAAAAAAUUUUUUUUUCGAUUACGCGGUCCGGAAUAAUAACGGCAAAACAGGUUUUUAAUGCUGUUUUAAUGCGUCAAAGUGAUAUUGAUCGGAUUUCAUGCGUCCGUAAUACAUGUAGCUGAUGAUCCAAACUCAAAAAAGUCAGGAAUUAUGGUGUUGUUCAUCAUCUGUUUUAAAUCUGAAGUGUCUGUGCUAGUGCCACACAUGGCCUUCGAUGUGCCGGUAGGUAAUGAAAUAGGCACAUUCUACUUUUGUUCAAUACAGUGAAAAGAACGAAGUCCGACUUGUAAUACGUGCACGGGGAUGCAGUUAAAAUAUUUGGAAAUAUUGUUCAGAUAUAAAGUUUCCAAACCAUUUGUUAUCAGUUGUUUAAUUCAGCAUGUUAGAUCUAGAGCCCAAAGCUGAGGCCAACUACUACCUUAAAAAAAUAUUUGUUCACGGAUCCUGACCGACCUAUCACAUUGUCUCGACCCAAAGUUUUUUUAACGUAACUCCUUUAAAUAGUACAUCAGUCAGAUGUUCUAUCAAAAAGCAUUUAGUCAAUUUAAAAAUUGUUUAGCUUUUCAAAUAAGUAGUGUUGGUAUGAAAAUAAUUUCUAACAAAUUCUGUCCUUUUGUAACCACAGUUUUGCCUGUUUGUACACAUGAUGCCAGGAUAUAUUUAAAAUUGGCUGUAAAUUGAUUGAACGAAAGAAACUGAAAAAAAAAACAGACUUUCCCAACUCUAAAUUUCUAGUUCAGUCAAAGCACAACAAACAACACUUUUAAGGGUGGUCAUAUUGGGAUCGUUCUUUGUCCGUCUGUUAUUAUUUUUGCCUGAAAUGAAUCUCUACCACAAAAGCUUAAACUAGCCUGAUCAUGAUCUGUUAAAAAUUAUUCCAAAGGGAUUCGAGCAAUGUCUAAGCAUCGUAUGCCCAAUUCUGUCAGGUCUCACUGGUCAAGUGGUUUAUUACUUCCCCUGUCACCUCUAUGGGUUGGAGUUCCACUAGGGGCACAAAUUUGUUCAUGUGUCAAAGCCAUCUAACUGUGUUUCAGAAGAAAUGUUAUUCCACACAAUCAUGUGCCUGUUUUGUCUUAAAUAUUCCUCAUCCUGUGCCAUUAAAUAAGCACGUCAUCAGAUUAAUGUAGAAAAAUCAAAAUUAAAAAUAAGACACUCAUUCCUUAGUAAUUAAAAUUACAAAAUAAAAAAAAAAGUGAUUCAUUGAGUUCUGGCAAGAAUUUAUUUGCAAAAUCAUUCAUGUAGUCUUUAAAACAUAUAGAAAGGCUAUAUACUGUGUUACCCACACUGUAAAUAUUUGAUUUCUGUGUUAUUUCUAAAGAAAUGUUAACUUUAUAUAUAAUCAUAACCGCCUCCUCAAGGGUUCAAGCUGGGGAAAAAAAAUAAAAAAGGCCCGCUCGCUCCAUGUAAAAUCUACCCGCCUCUGAAAAAAUCAAAAUUGAGAAAAAAAAAAUAAAAUAAAAAUUUCGCUCGCCCGCUCCUAUUUUUUUUGAAAAUUUUCCGAAGAACUAUUAAUCAAUUUGGUAUGGCCUAAUCACAUAUCAGCAGUUAUGAAUUAUGAGCGAAUCAGCUUACAGAAAUCAGCGUGAUAGGUCAAUCAUCAGUCAGCAAGUUGGGGUAAAGUAAACCCAUUUUUGAGCAGUAGCAAAGCUGAUGUGAGUUUGUUUCAUUUUAUUGAGAAUGCUCAGUUGAAAUGUGCAAGCAAAAUUGAUCAGUAUUUAAACUUUGAUUGAAUCUAAGGCAUAAAAAAAAUUGUUUGUUUCCAAUAUCCCAACCUAUCCUAAAUUUUUGGCCCAAACCUAAAUGUUUUUGUGGCCUUGGAGAAUAUUUUUUGUCAACUUUUAAACAAAAAGUUGCAAAACAGCACUUUUUAUGCUUUAAACAUGAACAUUGAUGUUAGAAAUUAACUUACUGGUGCUCUAAAGGCAUAACACCCUUGUUUGUAUUCAUUUUUUGACCAAAAAAAAAAAUCAUUUCCGAAAAGUCUCCCUUAAUAAAAAAAUAUUCCAAAAAAAAAAAAUACUUUCCAACCUACCCAAAUUUUUUUGAGCAUGUUACUGGAAACAAAGAAUUUUAGGCCUAUCUUAUUUCUCCACAUAUUUAAUCCUUACCAUGCUAAAUUUCUAUAUUAAUGAACUUGUCAGUCUUCCAAUUUGGACAGUACCAUUAACUGUUAAAAAAAGAUACUGAGUGAAUAGUGAUCUACACUGGUGGCAAAGGCAGAACCAGUUGUGUCCAGCAUGGUAAGGGCUAAUGCUGAAAGGAUCUGUGUAAAAUUGACGGGCAUUUAUUAUUUUAAAUUAUUUGUAUAUAUUUUUGUUACAGUGCAAAGUUUUGAUCAUAGAUUAAACUGUCUGAAAAUAUAUAUGCCAAAAUUUUUUAGAAAAAUCAAACACCUGUUAUUUACUACAAACACAGUGUUGUUAGAUAUUUUAUUUAUCAUUUGUUACUAACAUAUUUUGUUUGAUAAUUUAUUAUUUGUUACUAACAUCAUGUUAUUAGAUAUUUAAGUACUUUGAAAUUGAUACUUAUGUACAUAUUUCAGGUGAAGGUUGUUUCACUGUUAAAGUGGAUAAGUCAGAUAAGAGUAGCUGGCCUUUAGCUGUAUAUUAUAUAGCAUUAAGGUUAUUGUAAAUAUCUCUUCUUUUUAGCUCACCUGAGCACGAAGUGCUCAAAGGUGAGCUUUAGUGAUCACCCUGUGUCCGGCGUCCGGCGUCGUCCGUCGUCCAUCUGUCCGUCCGUCCGUCGUCAACAAUUUGACUGUUAACACUCUAGAGGUCACAUUUAUGGCCCAAUCUUAAUGAAACUUAGUCAGAAUGUUACCCUCGAUAAAAUCUUGGACGAGUUCGAUAUUGGGUCAUCUGGGGUCAAAAACUAGGUCACCAGGUCAAAUCAAAGGAAAAGCUUGUUAACACUCUAGAGGUCACAAUUUUGGCCCAAUCUUAAUGAAACUUGGUCAGAAUGUUACCCUCAAUAAAAUCUUGGACGAGUUUGAUAUUGGGUUAUCUGGGGUCAAAAUCUAGGUUACCAGGUCAAAUCAAAGGAAAAGCUUGUUAACACUCUAGAAGUCACAAUUUUGACCCAAUCUUAAUGAAACCUGGUCAGAGUGUUAUCCUUAAUAAAGUCUUGGACAAGUUUGAUAUUGGAUCAUCUGGGGUCAAAAACUAGGUCACCAGGUCAAAUCAAAGGAAAAGCUUUUUAACACUGUAGAGGCCGCAUUUAUGACUAUAUCUUCAUGAAACUUGGUCAGAAUGUUAAACUUGAUGAUCUUAAGGUCAGUUUUGAAUCUGGGUCAUGUAGGAUCAAAAACUAGGUCACCCGGUCAAAUCAAAGGAAAAGCUAAUUAACACUGUAGAGGCCACAUUUAUGACCGUAUCUUAAUGAAACUUGGUCAGAAUGUUUAUCUUGGUGAUCUUUAGGUCAAGUUUAAAUCUGGGUCAGCUGGGAUCAAAAACUAGGUCAGUAGGUCAAAUCAAAGGAAAAGCUUGUUAACACUCUAGAGGCCACAUUUAUGAUGUAUCUUCAUGAAACUUAGUCAGAAUGUUAAACUUGAUGAUCUUUAGAUCAAAUUCGAAUCUGGGUCAUGUUGGGUCAAAAACUAGGUCACGGGGUCAAAUCAAAGGAAAAGCUUGUUAACUCUCUAGAGGCCACAUUUAAGACUGUAUCUUCAUGAAACUUAGUCAGAAUGUUAAACUUGAUGAUCUUUAGGUCAAGUUCGAAUCUGGUUCAUGUUGGGUCAAAAACUAGGUCACGGGGUCAAAUCAAAGGAAAAGCUUGUUAACACUCUAGAGGCCACAUUUAUGACUGUAUCUUCAUGAAACUUAGUCAGAAUGUUAAUCUUGAUGAUCUUUAGGUCAAGUUCGAAUCUGGGUCAUGUCGGGUCAAAAACUAGGUCACAGGGUCAAAUCAAAGGAAUAGCUAGUUAACACUUAAGAGGCCACAUUUAUGACCAUAUCUUAAUGAAACUUGGUCAGAAUGUUAAUCUUGUUGAUCUUGAGGUCAAUAGGUCAGGUGAGCGAUACAGGGCCUUCAUGGCCCUCUUGUUUAUAUAUAAGAUGGAGAAACAUUUUUAUUAAUUUGUCAUUUGUGCUCAGGGUGUAAGGUCAUUUCCUUCAUUUUAUAAACUUAGAAUUGUCUCACUGUGUUCAGUAAACAGUUAGAUUUUGAAUU